AUGACCGAAGCAUUGCCAAAAUCCAGAAGUAGUCUUUCAACCAUAACUAGAACCACAACUACUUCUCAUAACCCAACAAAACAAUGGACAACAGCUCGUUGCCACCGUCUCCUUCGGCCGCUCUCCUCAAAGCUACAGGCUCUCAGGAACAUUGUGAAAUCGAAUCCUUCUGUUACCACUGAGAAUGCAGCUCGUCCAAGGCCGAAACGCGACCCCACGGAUCCCGAUGCUUUGUUCGUCGAAGUAGUUGAAAAGGCAGCGGGAACAGCUGGAAUGGGAGCAAGGCGGGCACGGGCAAGACCACAGCGGACAUAUGUGGGAGCUGGUGGUAACAAUGGGUCACGAAAUCACAGGAAUCACCCGCCAUCAGCUUCUAAUGAAGUGCCGUCAAUUCAUGUCGAUGAUUCUUAUCUUUCAAUAUGGGGAGACUCGGCCAGCAACCCAGCAGAGUCUGAAUCCCAAUCACAACCAAAACGGUCGCAUCAAGCAAAGCCUCAGGAUCCAAAUAACCCACUCGUACUUCUCCACUCACUCAAGUCUCAUGUCCAUCCUUCUAUAUUCUCCGUCUACCUUGGCAUUUACACUGCGCUCGAGUCUGUACUCCUCUCAACUAAACUUCCGCCCCCCAAAAUUAAAGUUCUCCCCCUCCGCACACUUGCUGCCCGCAAAAUUGCACAUUGUAUUCUUGCCACAUCUGGCGAGGUUGACGCUGAUGACAUCUGGUAUGAUGCCGCCGCAGAGUUGGGUUCUGGUGGCGAAUACCUCCGUGAUAUAGUUCGCUGGCAUGCAGUUGAGCUUGUCAGAGAAUCUAUUGCAAAUGGCUUGAUGAAAGGGCGACAAGGAAACAACGGGGGUAUAGGGAUGGCCGGUGUACUAAUAGGACUCUGUCGAAGCUGUGGCGCUGAACAGGAGGCCCAGUCUCUCCUCCAGACUUUAUUUGACGUUUCUCCAGUUAUCUCCUCCUCCGACCACCCCCCGAUUCUUACCCUUCAGAAACUCUGGUUCUCGGACCAGGAAAUUAUCUACAGAUUUCUUGCACGGAAUUUCCCAAUGACACAAUCGAAUCCGUCUUGGCUUGGAAGUGCCGACAUCAGGAAAUUUCUCCAACUUGAUCUUGAAGAGAACCCAGGUCUCGAAGUUCUUACAACACGGGCUCUCGAGGCAGCCUUUGGCCUCUUUGGAGAAGAGCAUAUCAAUGCCCUUUCCGCUCGGCGUCAAAAGGUUUCAAGACGUAAAGGCACCUCGCGUACUUCUAAAUCCCACAGUGACCAAGCUGCGAAAAAGGCGGCGGCAAUAAUGCCGUAUAAUAUUGCCACUAAAGCAGAAAAUACAAUACUUAAAGCGACUAGAGAACUUGUGCCCCUCUCCUUGUUUAAACCUAGGUCAGAAGCUGUAGGGAUAAUCAAACAGCUCGUGCGAGGUUUUCUGGUCCAGGAUGCUGGAGUCAAAAGCAGUACAGAGGAGGUGUGGGGUGGGAAUUGGCCAGUUGCAGCUAAAACCGCAAUUCUUCUCCAAGGCCUUGGUAGUAGUGCCAAAGAUGACAACUUGAUUAUGGACGAGAUUGCGAGAUGUCUUGAAGAUAUCUGUAGUUCCGGCGGUAAACAUGCGUUAAGAUCAUUGGCGGGAUUUAUAGUAGAGUGCUACAUACCUCUCUACCAUAGAGCUUUUCGGGCAAAGGAAGAUCCAAUCCAACAACUCGCUAACCGUCUCUUAAGUCUUGCUGCCGUAAGCAAAACAUGGCCAUCUUCCCAUGGACAAGAGGAAUCUGGAUUUUCAGAAAUGACCCCUGAAACUCCACGGAACGCCUCGGGAAUGAAGAUGGUAACAUUUACUCCUGGAAAACCUGAUCUUGCUCCGCAUCAAGAGCUAUUUGAGACUAAGCGUUACUUGGUUGCGCAAUUGGCGCUUCAGAUUGCCGUUACAUUUUCGGUUUCAGAGGAGGUCAAAUCAGAUACUUCAUGGAUUGAUUGGCUAGGAAGGUUUGAGCACAAGGUUAUCGGCCUUAAAAUUCAGACACCCGGGAGGGUCAGAUGUUUCUUGCAACCUCUGAAUAUGAAAGCUGAACUGGAGAAGGGCACAAGAGCCAACCAAAGGAAGAAAAAGAACAUCGAAAAGAAAAAGGGGAAAAGAAAGGGAUGGCGAUAUGAAGAAGGGCUGGACCUGUGGGUCGCCGUCGGCGCCACUCCUGGUAGGAAGGAGGGGAGAGUAGGGUUGUUUAUGGACUGUGUUGAGGUCGAGAUGCCGGACGAAGAUGUCGAUUACGAUUGGAGAGAUGAGUAUGAAGCUAUCCCCAGCGAUGUUGAAGAAACUUCUAUUGUUGAGGAGGACGAGGCGGAUGAUGCCUCUGUCGGCAUGCCUGAGUAUGAGGAAGAGGAAGAAGAUGUAGAGGAUGAUGAUCAACCCGUCACCCCAUCAUCCUCGUCAUCUUUCGUUGAGGAUGACUCCGACGAGGAUGCCGACGGGGAUGCCGACUAUUACUCCAAUAUUCGAGUUACACCUCCUCGUACAGUUCGACGCUCCCCCCGUGGUACCGCCAGGAUCAAGAAGAGCCUUGCCUAUUUCUCUGCCAUCAAGUCUUCUCCUAUGUUUACUAGGACACCGUCACGGACCCAAUCAAGCGGAUUGAAGAAGCAGUUCAAUUUCAGUGUUGUUGUUGAUUCUUCCCCCUUCAGGAAUUCCUCGGUAGUUUCCUCCACUAUAAAAAGACUCGGUAUCGACAAGGACGACUGGGAGGAUGAGGAUGAAGAUUUAGAUUCUGAGGGAGUGAUGAUGGAAGACUACUCAUCACCUGUUUUGAGAAGAAUGGAGAGAAGACAGGAACCCACUGAGGACGACGAUAAGACGGACGACGAGUCAGAGGAAGAGGUUAUUGGUGAUAUAUCAUUUGGUGACGCUCAAUUCGGUUCACCUUCCCCGUACUCAUCCCCGCAACCUCUCCCCACACCACCAUCUAAGCGGAAACGCGCGAGAGAGAUACCAUUAUCUGAGAUUAUGGAAUACAGUUCUUCCGAGGAAAAAGGGGGAGAACAAGAAUUCAAAAGAUAUAAGGGAGGACGAGAAUCAGAGGCUUCCGGGGAAGAACAAGAACUCGAAGAGUUUGAAGAAUCUGAUGAGUUCGAGGAAGAUGAAGAAUAUCAAGACCAGGAAAUGGAGGAUGAUAUGUUGGAGGAGGAUACUCCUUCUGUCGCAGGCCUUCCUUCAUCACCUCCGCCACCAACUCCACCACCUCACUCCCGUCCUCCGAAACGCACCUCUCUCGGCGCACUUAGAUCAAUGGUCAACGUUAACGAUCCUAGAGCAUCCCCAAACACCAGCCUAGUAGAACCAAAGUCGAAAGACCUGAAAAAAAUACUAGAAAGAUCAGCCGAAAAGCGUCAUUCAAAGAAAAAGAGACUUCGGGCGAAAAAGAAAAAAACAAUUGAUUCUGAUCUGAGCGAGGAUGAGUUGGGACUGUAA